AUGCGUAUUAUGGAAGCAAUUCAGCGUAAAAAGCUGAUACAAAUGCUGAAUGAUGAGUAUGCUCAAGAUUUAGAAAAUGAAGCAGUUAAUAGUUUUAAUGAUUCAAGAAAAUUAAGUAAUAUGGAUAGUACAAAUAAAUCAUUAUCAUCUAUAAAAACUCCUACUUUUGAUGGUGAAUCAUUUUUUUCAUCCUAUCAAUCUACAACCAAUUCAACAAUUGAUCCUAUUAAAGAUAAAAAUAAACUUGAUUUAAUUCAAUUUACUAAUGUAUUAGAUAGUAAAUUAAGUAUUUUACAAAAAAAAGCAUUAAAAAUUACAUGGAAAAGAUUAAGUGAAGCUCCAAGAACAUCAAGAAAAGGAAUGUUAUUUAUUAUGCAACGUGUUUUUGAUUUAUUAAUUGAAAAAAAUUCAAAAAUUUCAACAGUAUUUUAUAGUAGUGCUUUUUUAAGUUGUUUAGAAGAUCGUAAGAAAAUUGUUUCAUCAACAAUUGAUAAUGACACUAGUAAAUGUCCUUAUAAAUUAAAAACUAUUGCAACAAUAAGAGAUCAUGCAAAUUUAUUAUUGGAUUUUGUAAAUAGUGUUAUAUGUUUGAUGUUUGAUAUUCCAUAUCAUGAGUCACAAUAUAUGGGAUUAUCCUUUUUAGGAUGUUCACACUCUAAAUUAAUAUCUUUAGGAUUUGAUCGACAAUGGUUUCAUCAACUGGGUGAAUGUUUUGCAGAGGUAAUGUUUUCUCAAGAAUGUGUUAGAGCAUUCCCACAUGCUGCAAGUGCAUGGAGUUUAUUUGCUGUAACAUUUACUGACAAAUUAUAUGUUGAGACAAAAUGGCGUAAAAAUGAAUUACAUAAAAAUGUUACUACCAGUUCAUCACUUAGUAAUAUACAUUCACCAACUUUAAAAAUAUCUGAUAGUAAAAAUAAUGUUAAAAAAUAUAGUGAACAAUUUAUAUUUAAAGUAAAUGAUGAAACUCAAGAAUUAAAUGAAUAA